GAUAAGUUCUGCUCGGAUCAAAGGGACACAGGCAUGUAAUAUAGACUUGAUGUAUUUGUGAGAAUAUUCAUGAGGCUGCAAAUGCUGCUGAUCCAGUCCUUAAAUUCUGAGCCGGGAAAGCCGAUUAAAUUGAAUACAGAGCAAGUUUUUACUGCAUCGGCUGGGGUGUUGGACUUUCAGGAAUUGAAUGAGACCACCGCCUCCUGGUGGACCGGGUGGUCCAGGUGGGCCUCCUGGACCUGGACCUGCCGGCCCUCCGGCUCCAUGGCCUAGACCGCCGGGCUUUGUGGAUGGCUUGUUCAGUGGAUUAUGCAGCACCAUAUCUUCUUGUUUCUACUUUAUAUGUUGUUGUUGGUUGUUACAAGAUUGCUUUGGUAGUCCACCUGGCCCUCCGGCAGGCCCACCAGCUCCUCCUCCCAAUUCUACUGGGCCACCUCCUCCACUUGGUCCCCUCGGACCGCCUCCGCCUUCACCUCCUGGGCCUCCGUUGGCACCACUUGGUCCACCUGCACCGCUUGGACCUCCUGGACCCCCUGGUGCCCCAUUUGGUCCACCCGGACCUCCUGGACCACCACCUCCUUAACGUUAUAAAUUUCAUGUAUUAAAUUUCUAUGCAUAUGUAUCCAAAUAUAUAGUCAUUGAACUACUCGUUUUUCAAUUUCACUCUUGUUAAGGGUGAUAGAUGUUCGCUCAUGGCAUGUAAUGGUAAAAUCUAUAUAACAAAAAAUGUAUUCUAUAGAUAAAAAUGCAACAAAAAAUGUUAAUCCAACUAAGAAUCCAUUUUGGUCUUUUUGGAAUACAUACAUCUAUGCAAUGGUAGUUGUGAAUUA